UCCUCAAACGCGUCUCUGGCCCCGCUCAAGCUUUGUGUUACCAUGGUAGCUGAUAUGAGUCAACAAUGAAGUCCGCUGUGAUAAGUGGGCCGCCUUACAUUUUAUAGCAACUCAACAAUACAAAAGGGGAAAAAGCGAGCAAGUGCAUGGUUUAUAUUGCUGGUACAGAUAGUGGUGCCGGACGGCAAUAAUUUAGUAACAUUUCGGGUUUUCUUAAGGUACUUUUCAUAGAAGACGCGUAUCUUUUUGGGCGUUUUGCGAGGCAGAAGGAAUCGCCAUUAUUUUGUGCCACACGGAACUUGGAGUUGAACACACGGAACUUGGAGUUGAAGCGUAAGCUAAAUCAAUUAGCUAAACUAAAGUAACGUUAGCAACAAGUAACAACACAUGCACAUGAGACGGCGUUAUAAACGCACAGAACAUGUUUAAAAACACAUUUCAAAGUGGAUUCCUAUCUAUAUUGUAUAGCAUUGGGAGCAAACCUCUUCAGAUAUGGGAUAAAAAGGUCAGGAACGGCCACAUAAAACGGAUUACAGACAAUGACAUCCAGUCGCUGGUGCUUGAAGUGGAGGGAACAAAUGUCAGCACAACCUACAUCACAUGUCCGGCAGACCCAAAGAAGACACUUGGCAUCAAACUACCUUUCUUGGUUAUGAUCAUCAAGAACUUGAAGAAGUAUUUCACCUUUGAAGUCCAGGUGUUGGAUGACAAGAAUGUGAGGCGGCGGUUCCGAGCCAGUAACUACCAGAGCACCACGCGGGUAAAACCCUUCAUCUGUACAAUGCCCAUGAGGCUGGACGACGGCUGGAACCAGAUCCAGUUCAACCUGUCCGACUUCACACGGCGGGCCUACGGCACCAACUACACCGAGACACUCCGUGUGCAGAUCCAUGCAAACUGCCGCAUCCGGAGAGUGUACUUCUCUGACCGACUGUACUCAGAAGAUGAGCUCCCUGCAGAGUUCAAACUGUAUUUACCCGUACAGAACAAAGCAAAGCAGUAGGGCAGCUGAAUCGAUUCUCCGCCCCAUACCAGAUGUGAAUUUUAUCUGCAGAUUGUCUGAUGAAUUUGUUGUAAUGUUUUUUCAUUUUGGAACCAUGUGAUUGUUUCCUAAAUUCUUGUUUCUCUGCACAAUAAACAUUGUUUAGCAUAAAAAUCA